AUGAUAUGGUUAAUGAUGCUUUUGGCAUACAGUCUGGGUUUGAACCUGAGCAACCUCCUUAAUGAAGAAGCAAUGCACUUCUAUCAAGAAUUAGAAAAGGCUAGUCGUCCACUUUGGGUAGGGAGUCAGCAUUCUAAGUUGUAUGUUGCAGUUAGAAUGAUUAAUAUCAAAUUAGAUUGGACUGUUGCUGAAGCUGCUAUGGACUCAAUGAUUAAGCUUGUGGGGGAACUAGUUACUCCGGAAUUCGACAUACCUAAGAGUUACUAUCAAGCAAAGAGAUUGGUUUCCAAAUUAGGAUUGUCGUAUGAUAUAAUUCAUUGUUUUCCAAACAGUUAUAUGUUGUUCUAUAAGCAAGAUGCCAAUUUAAAUGAAUGUAAAUUAUGUGGACAUGCGCAUUAUAGGUGGACACCUAGUGGGAAGAUGGUUCCAAUUAAGGCGAUGCAUUAUUUACCUAUUAUAUGUAGGUUAAAGAGGUUGUUUGCAUCGCUGAGUUCUACUCCUCACAUGAGAUGGCACAAUGAAAAUAGAAGGACACCUGGUGUUAUAUGUCAUCCAUCGGAUGAAGAAGUAUGGAAACAUUUUGAUAGAACUUAUCCUGAUUUUGCUAGUGAACCAAGAGCAAACCAUGGUGUCGGAGGUGUAGUGACAUAUGAUGUAUCAACUAAGAGCAAUUUCAAUAUGCAUGCUUCUUUGAUGUGGACUAUUAAUGAUUUUCCUACGUAUGGGAUGUUGUCUAGUUGGAUGACUGCUGCAAAGCUAGCUUGUCCUCAUUCCAUGGAAAAAAGUAAAGCAUUCACUUUAAAACAUGGCCACAAAAAUUCAUGGUUUGUUUGUCAUCUUCAGUUCUUGCCUAUGGAUCACGAAUUCCGAAAAAUGAAACAAGCAUUUAGAAAGAAUAAAACUGAAAAUGAUCCGCCACCUCGAGCAUUUUCAGGAGAGGAAAUUUGGGGGAGGGUUUGUCACUUGCUUAAGGUCACAGAAGUUACCCCUUCUAGACUACCUGGUUAUGGUGUUGAACCUAAUUGGACUAAACAGAGCAUAUUCUGGGAGUUACCGUAUUGGAAGGAUAAUCUUCUACGGCAUAAUCUUGAUGCGAUGCAUAUUGAAAAAAAUUACUUUGAUAAUUUGUUCAACACUGUUAUGGAUGUUAAAGGCAAGACAAAAGAUAACCAAAAAGCUAGAUUGGACUUAAAGGAAUAUUGUAGGCGCCCUGAAUUGAACUUGCAAGAGUUAGCGAAAAAUAAAGUGUUCAAGCCCAGGGCUAGUUUUUCAUUCACUAUGGAGGAGAAACGAGAGAUUUGUCAGCAGGUUAAGAAUUUGCGGAUGCCAGAGGGGUAUGCGUCCAAUUUUGACAAGCGUGCUGAUAUGAAUGAAGGAAAAUUGAUUGGUAUGAAAAGUCAUGAUUGCUAUGUUUUCAUGGAAACUUUGAUUCCUAUUGCAUAG